AUGCCCCGCCCCUUUCUUGUGGAGGGGGCGGGGCAGUGGACAGUGACGCCAUCAGAGGGCGUCCGAAAAGGGACGGGACGCGUUUUGGGGAUGUUGGAGUCGCUGUUGGCUGUUGGUGGCCUGAUGCUGCUUCGGGACACCGUGGAGUGGGAGGGGCGUAGUCUCCUGAAGGCGCUUGUCAAGAAAUCUGCGUUGUGUGGUGAGCAAGUCCACGUCCUGGGCUGUGAAGUGAGCGAAGAAGAGUUUCGUGAAGGUUUUGACUCCAAUAUCAACAGCCGGCUGGUUUACCAUGAUCUCUUUAGAGACCCUCUCAGCUGGUCAAAACCUGGGAAAGCCCUUCCUGGAGGGCCCCUGGAAGCCUUGAGGGCCCUGGACAAGAGGACAGUUUCUGGCCCUGCCACCAUUGCUCUUGAUUCCCUCAGCUGGUUGCUGCAUCACCUUCCCUGCCCCACACUCUGCCAGACCCUGCACGCGCUGAGCCGUCAGGACUCCUGCCCUGGUGACACCCCCCCAGGUGAGCAGGUGCGUGUGCUGGGCCUGCUGCAUGAAGAGCUUCACGGCCCAGGCCCUUUGGGAGCAUUGAGCAGCCUUGCUCAGACCGAGGUGACCCUGAGUGGUACGAUGGGCCAGGCAUCGGCUCACAUCCUCUGUCGGAGGCCGAGACAGCGCCCCACCCACCAGACUCAGUGGUUCUCCAUCCUUCCUGACUUCAGCUUGGAGCUCCAAGCGGAGCCGCCACUGGAAUCCCAGCCCCGCUCAGAUCCUCAUACUCCCUCGGUGGACCCCACUACUCAUUUGACUUUUAACCUUCAUCUGUCCAAGAAGGAGAGAGAAGCCAAAGAUAGCCUGACUCUGCCCUUCCAGUUCAACUCGGAAAAACAGCAGGCUCUACUGCGCCCUGGGCUGGGCCAGGCUACCAGCCACAUCUUCUAUGAGCCAGAUGCUUAUGAUGACCUGGAUCAAGAAGACCCAGACGAUGACCUAGAUGUUUGAUUGUCUAGGAGAUUUGACUAGACUGCAGUAGGAGGGGAAGAGGAAGACUACGGGCCUGUAACCAUCCUUCAAUGUGUGUGUUGGCCUUAGCCUGUCUCUGCUCCAUCUUUGUUCCGUUUCUAUGGAGGCCCUGCCCUGUGACCCAUGAGCCAGGGAGCAGCUUCCAGUGAGAAGUGGGCUGGAGGCAUAAGAGAAAGUGACAGGAUAGGAACACCACCUCCCCCCAAGCCUAAUAAAAUAUUUUAUUUUGUAUUAA